UAUUUUUAGCAGCGCCAUCUUCAAAAACAACAAGCUUAGCGGAUCAGUAGGACAAAAAUUGAAGAUCGAAAAAAUCAGUGAUUAUUAUUAUGGCAUCCCUUGCCUUCCAACCAUAUGUUGAUAAAGAGAAUGCAGGAUCAUUUGGAGUCCGACCCAAUAAAGGACAGAUAGGUGGUGGACUAGGGAAGGUGUUCAAUAAAGGUAAUGAGCAGAGUCUUGUCACACCUAGACGUGCCCUAGGUGAUGUAAACAGAGAUCUGAAGGCAGUAAAUAAUGGACCUGGUCUUAAACCUAUGCAGAAACCUUCAGUACUUCCACUACAGAACAAAGGGCUGCAAAUGAAAUCAACUAACAUACAGCCCCUGACUGGUCGAUCUGGUAAUAUAAUGCAGAAACCGUCAGUGAAUGAAAACCUGAGGAAAAAGUCGAUAAGUACCAAUAAAGUUACAGUAAAGACAGAGCCUGUACACAAAAGACUGGUUGAGGAUAUAGAACAUAUGCACAUUCCUAAAGAAGAAGAGGAUGAUUUUGAGGACAUUUGGCCAAAAGCUGACAGAAUUAGUACAUACAUUAAUAAGUUAGUACGUUGGAGACCACCUUGUUUGUUUGGGGAACUGCCUGACUCAAGUGAUGAGGAAGAAGAGAAGUUAGAGAGGCAAAGGAUGAGGGAGGAAGAAGAUAGAAUGAUGGUAGCAUCUUUAGCUAAAUAUUCAACAGAAAAAUCAGAUUAUUCAGAUGAAAUUAGAUUUGAAGAUUUAUUAGAACCAGAAGAUUUUGAAGAUGUACCUCUCCCCUCAAUAUCUCUAGACAAUUCUAUAGACUUACUGCCGAACAUUGGACCUCUUCAACUCAAGGAAGGAAUGUGAACAUGCAUAUACAUUUUCUUUCAUGAAUUGCUACGGGAUCCACGAUUUAAAUAUAACAACAGAAUAUUAAAUCUGAACUUGGGCAUUUGUUUUGCAAUACUCAACUUAUCUGUUAGUCGUGAUGUAAUAAGGUUGCUAUGAUAGAUUGAAAUUUUAUAUUUCUACAAACAUUUCUGCAAUGUAAAUAUUUAAUGAAUGUGUAUAGCUGUGUCUAAGUGAGAAAGUGAGUUUUGUUAGGGAAAAGGAAUGAAAGAAGAUUAUUUUAUAAAGCUUUAAUUAUGAUGUGUGUAUUACUGCUGUCAAAAUUCUGUCCUUUGUGACAUUUUGAGACUGUUCAUUUAUUUUUAUUUUUUUAUAGUUUAUCAACUGAUUAUGCUUUGGUAGAUAAAUGGCUAUCUCUAGCUUGUAACUUGUAGAGAGCACAAAUUUUGCAUUUACAGUUUUGAAUAAUUUAAAAAAAAACUCCCCUCCCCUUUUUUGAUAGAUAAAUGAAAUAAAAUAAAGAUCGUAAGUUAGUAAACCCAAUUUAUAUGCAAAUUCUGCUCUAUUACUGUUUGAUAAUAGGAAACUUUCAUAUCUAGAGCAGUCAGUUUAUGAUUUUCCAGACACAUAGUGACUUGCCACCAGAAAGUUGGCAUCUCAUGAUUUGUUUGGAGUUAUCACAGACAGGACAACAUAAAUUUAAUUGUUUUAUUGUUAGCAUAAUCUUGAACCAGUAGAUGUAAUCUACUUAAUUACAAAACUUCUAUAGCUAGUUGAGUGGUAAAUCAGGCCAAAAUUUAAAAUUUUCUUUUUAGAAAAAAACUUUUUUUAUUUAAAA